AUGGAUGGCGGCGAUAGAAUAUUGGUCGCUGCCGGACUAACAGCUGCAGUCGUUGUGGGCGCUUUUGUUUUGUGGGGACCUGGUGGUGCACCGCGCGUUAGAAAGCGACGCGGACAGAUUGCUGGGCUUCAAAAUCUGGGCCGAACAUGUUUUUUGAACACGUUACUCCAAGCAUUGGCCGCUUGUCCUAUUUUCAUAGAAUGGUUGAAAAAGUACGCAAAAGCCGACGCACACAACAGUAUGAUAACAACCUUGUAUACAGUAAUUGAAGUGGUAAAUGGCACACAUGAGUCAGCUCGUGGCACACCAGUGUGUCCAUUGGGUGUGUUGCAGUCCUUACGGGCCGCUGGUUGGGUGAUUCCUGCAGACCAGCAGGAUGCACAUGAGUUAUUGCAUGUCCUUUUAUCAUGUGUAGAGGAGGAGACUACAGCUAUGGCCAGAAAGCCUGGUUGCCUCUCGGAUGCUCUGGGUCUGGGUGGCGGGGGACGUGCGUGGUCGGCAUUAGCAUCGCCCGCCUCCCCUCCCGCUGCGCCCCUCUCCCUUCGCCCCGCCUCCGCCGCACCCCCUGAUGAGCCCGAUCUGGCAGAUCCGGAGCCUGCCCCGGAGCCGGCGCGUCUGUCGCGAGGAGUGUCCCGGUCGCUGUGCCAGCUGGGCGCUGCGUCCCGCCGGUGGGCGGCGCCGCCCUCGCGCCCCGCCCCCGCCCCGCCCACACGCGGCACCCUCGCCUCGCGCCUCCAGUGCACUGUCUGCUCCACAAAGAGCCCGAUUCGGUACGACAAGUUCGACAGCAUCUCUCUGUCGAUGGCUAACGCGGUGACGGGUCGCAAUGGCGCCUACAGCCUCGCUGGGCUGCUGCGGGCCUUCACGGCGCCCGAGAUGGUGCAGGGCGUGCGCUGCUCCAAGUGCGCCGCCCAAAGCCCCGCCCCCGGUGCGGACUCCGCCCCCAACAACGUAGCCCCGCCCAUCGCCACACGGACCAAGCACAUACGCACCCUCAGCUUUGGCAAGCUGCCGUGCUGCCUGUGCCUGCACGUGGCGCGCGUGGAGUGGGCGGGCGGCGAGCUGAGCAAGCGCGCAGAGUUCGUCGCCUUCCCCGAGACCCUCAACAUGGCGCCCUACGCCGUGCGCCACCAGCCGCAGCCGGAACUGGCGACGCUGGUGGGCGAAGGGCGGCUGCGCAGCGGGCUGGCGGCGUUGAGCGUGGCGGGGGCGGAGGCGGGGGCGGGAGCGGACGCGGAACGCGCACUUUACCGGCUGGUGGCGGUGGUGGUGCACGUGGGCGGACCGCGCUCCGGCCACUUCGCCACCUACCGCAGGGGCAACGGCUUCGAGAGCAAGAGAUGGUGGUACACUUCGGAUACGCUGGUGCACGAGGUGACCCUGCAGGAAGUGCUGCGCUGCACAGCCUACAUGCUGUUCUACGAACGGGCUAAGCCAGAGCCCUUGACGCACCACUUU